UUUUUGGGACCAGUAUACUUAUCAGCUAACCUAAAGUUUUACUUCUCUGGUGAUUGCUGAAAAUUUGUACAAGUAGUAAAGUUUGAAACUUUAUCUAUUGGAUGAGGACAUAAUGAUUUGGAACUAAUUCUUUCAUUUUGUCCUUUUGGGGUAACAUGUUUUACCAUUCUGUUUCCUUGGCAAUUUAGGUUCUGAAAUUGUUGUCUGUAAUAUCUGUAUGUUUGUUUGGCAAUUAGUAUUCUGUAUGUAAUAUCUAGUGAUAUAUGAGGGUGGUUUGAGUUGAACAGAAGAGGGGGGAGUAUGGAUAAUCAUAGUGCUAAAGAACAUGGACUGAAGAAGGUGAGCUCCCAUUGCUCCAUCUCAGAGAUGGAUGACUAUGAUCUCUCGAAGCUCCUCGACAGGCCAAGGCUGAACAUAGAGAGGCAGAGAUCCUUUGAUGAGAGAUCGCUAAGUGAGUUGUCCAUUGGCCUAGCAAGAGGGUUAGACCACGAAAACGCUUACUCACCUGGCAGGUCCAUAUUGGACACCCCUCUUUCAUCUACCAGGAACUCUUUCGAUCCCCAUCCAAUGGUAGCAGAGGCCUGGGAUGCUCUCCGCCGCACAUUGGUUCAUUUUAGAGGCCACCCCGUUGGCACAAUUGCUGCCAACGACCAUGCUGGAGAAGAGGUCCUAAACUAUGAUCAGGUUUUUGUUCGAGAUUUUGUGCCUAGUGCCCUGGCCUUCCUAAUGAAUGGUGAGACAGAUAUACUUAAGAAUUUCCUCCUAAAGGCACUUCUCCUUCAAGGUUGGGAAAAAAAAGUCGAUAGAUUCAAGCUCGGGGAAGGUGUUAUGCCAGCUAGUUUUAAAGUUCUACAUGAUCCAGUUCGCAAGACAGAUACAAUAAUAGCAGAUUUUGGAGAGACAGCCAUUGGAAGAGUAGCUCCAGUUGACUCUGGAUUUUGGUGGAUUAUUCUUCUUCGUGCGUAUACAAAAUCUACCGGAGACCUAAGUCUUGCUGAAUCACCGGAAUGCCAGAAGGGGAUGCGGCUUAUAUUGUCACUGUGUUUGUCAGAAGGGUUCGAUACAUUCCCCACUUUGCUGUGUGCUGAUGGCUGCUCAAUGAUUGAUAGAAGAAUGGGAGUUUAUGGUUAUCCCAUUGAAAUUCAAGCGCUCUUCUUCAUGGCGUUGAGGUGUGCUUUGGCAAUGUUAAAGCCGGAUGCAGAAGGGGAAGAAUUUAUCGAGAGAAUAGUAAAACGCCUACAUGCCUUGAGUUACCAUAUGAGAAGUUACUUCUGGCUUGAUUUCAAGCAGUUAAAUGACAUAUACCGUUAUAAAACCGAAGAGUAUUCUCAUACAGCAGUAAACAAGUUUAAUGUCAUUCCCGAUUCAAUCCCAGACUGGGUAUUCGAUUUUAUGCCUACACGCGGUGGUUACUUUAUUGGAAAUGUUAGUCCCGCGAGGAUGGAUUUCAGGUGGUUUGCUUUAGGUAACUGUGUUGCCAUCUUGUCUUCUCUUGCCACUCCCGAGCAGGCUUCUGCAAUCAUGGAUCUUAUAGAGUCACGCUGGGAGGAGCUGGUCGGGGAAAUGCCCUUAAAGAUAUCUUACCCGGCACUGGAAAAUCAUGAAUGGAGAAUUAUAACUGGCUGUGAUCCCAAAAACACGAGAUGGAGCUACCACAACGGAGGAUCUUGGCCAGUGCUGUUGUGGUUGCUUACGGCUGCAUGCAUCAAGACAGGGCGACCACAGAUUGCGAGACGAGCCAUUGACCUUGCUGAGAGCCGGUUGCUGAAGGAUAGCUGGCCAGAAUAUUACGAUGGAAAAGCAGGAAGGUAUAUCGGUAAACAAGCUAGGAAGCAACAAACAUGGUCGAUCGCGGGAUAUCUGGUGGCAAAGAUGAUGCUGGAAGAUCCUUCACACCUGGGGAUGAUCUCCUUGGAAGAGGACAAGCAAAUGAAGCCUGUACUCAAGAGAUCAUCUUCAUGGACUUGCUGAUAUAUAUGGCAGAAAACAAGAAAUAUAUAGUAGACAAAGGGAUCCAGAAACACAAGAGGUGAGUGAUCCUUUUUUGUUUUGUUACCAAAAAAAAACACUGUUAGUUUCUGGGACAAUUUCUGUCCUUUUUGGUUUUCUGAAAUGUCGGUUUUUCUGAUUCAUUAUAUAUGUUUUGAACCUAUUAGUGUUUA